ACGACACGUGGAGAAAUCUGGAAGCGAGUUAUAAUCUCACACAUCUCUCACGCUCGCUCGCUGGAGUGAGACCUAAACCCGAUCUGCACCACCAAGACGAAGAAGAAUGGCGUCUUCUUCGUUCUCCGUCACGUCUCCAGCUGCUUCCGUCUAUGCAGUCACCCAAACAUCUUCACACUUGCCUCUCCCAACCACACGCUCUCGUCUCCCUCGCAGAGUUUCAUUCCGUCUCUCCGCCAAGCUCCGCUUUCUCUCCAAGCCUAUUCGCAGUAGCUACCCUGUUGUGAAAGCCCAAUCUAACAAGGUUGGUAGCGGUGCAUCAUCAAAUGCUUCAGCUCCUGAAAAGACUGAAGGAAAGGAUGAAAACUCAUCGAAAGACCCUUCUUCUUCGACUGAUUUAGCUACAGAAGAGUCUAUCUCUGAGUUCCUUACCCAAGUAACAACUCUCGUCAAGCUUGUGGAUUCGAGAGACAUUGUGGAGUUGCAGUUGAAACAACUCGACUGUGAACUUGUCAUUCGAAAAAAGGAAGCUUUGCCACAACCCGAGUCCCCUGCGCAAUAUGUUAUGAUGCAGCAACCAAACCAAUCAUCUUAUGUGCAAUCAGUGGCUCCUCCUUCUGCACCUGCUGCAUCACCAGCACCUUCUACUCCUGCCUCUUCACCUACACCAUCUCCACCUACUCCAGCUAAAUCAUCGCUUCCUACUGUUAAAAGCCCCAUGGCUGGCACAUUCUACCGUAGUCCAGGACCUGGCGAACCACCCUUUAUUAAGGUUGGAGACAAAGUGCAGAAGGGGCAAGUUCUAUGCAUCGUUGAAGCUAUGAAGUUAAUGAAUGAAAUAGAGUCUGACCAAACGGGAACCGUAGUGGAUAUCGUUGCAGAAGAUGGCAAGCCUGUUAGCCUCGACACUCCUCUGUUUGUGGUUCAACCGUAGAAUCGGCACCAUGAGAAGUGGAGAAAAGAGGCUACUUGUGUCCUGAGACUACUUCUUGAGACUCUUGUGUCCUUUUCGUUGUUACCGUUAAAAGUCUGUUAGUUUUUUCUUUUGGUUCGAUGAGGGAGGUGGUUAAAGAAGAUGAGAGCUCUGUUUUAUUGACACACGAAUCUUUGGUUCUGUUUUUUUGCAAUUUUCUAUAUCAAAUUUUUUUAUCA